AUGGAUAUAGAAGAGUUGUUUGUGAAGAAGACUGGAUACAAAACAUUAAUUGAGAAAGCUAUGACCGAAGGAGUUGGUGAGAGGUGCCGAGCUUUAGCGUGGCUUGUUUUUAUGAAAAUAUUACCAAAGCAAAUUUCGACGAGGUGGGGAGUACUACUGAAUAAAAAGGUUUCUGAAUAUAAGAGGCUUAGAGAAGUACAUUGGGAGUCGAUUACAGAAAAAGAGCGACACAUCAUCCGAGGAGAUCCAUUGAUAGAAAAGGAGAGUGAGGUCUACAAGAAGCAAGAAAACGUCAAAUAUCUGAUUGAAUUAGAUAUCAAUCGACUUUAUAUGGACACUCCAUUCUUUGAUGAAAGUGUGAAACAGACCAUAGAAAGGAUUUGUUACAUCUUUGCAAUGGAACAUGAGACACUGAGUUAUCAACAAGGACAAAAUGAAUUAGUUGGCACCUUAUACUUUGUGUUCUAUAAGUCUUUUACGAUGUUACAGAGCGAAGUUGGGACAUUACAAAAAGACAUUCAAGAGAUAAUGAAGGUCUUUUGUAUCCACGAAAACAUUGAAGUAUUUGUAUAUGCGUUAUUUGACAAACUCGGAGAAAUGAUGAGCGAUGUCUACCAAUUAAGAACGUCCGAUAUCAAAGACGAAGUUCUUCCCAUUCAAUUGAAGUGCGAGAGAAUCAUUGAAACAAUUUCGUUCUAUGAUAAACAAUUGGCGGACGUAUUACAAGAAACUGAGUUGUUGAAUGUCAUCAGUUAUCGAUUCUAUAAGGUCCUCUUUCUUAGAGAUCUUGACUACGACCAAGUUCCACCACUUUGGGAUGCCAUUUUUGCAUAUGGAAAUCACCUUGAGUUGGCCAAUGGUAUUUUUAUAGCUAUUUUACACAAAACACGGGAUAACUUAUUACCCACGGACGACUUACCAAGCGCACUGAGAGAAGUCACUCCACUCCCACAUUUUGAGGAUAUUUAUGAACUCAUCAGAAUAGCUGAAAAUAUAUUACUCGGUGUAUUUCCCAAAAUCAAUUGUUUUGAUGACGAUAUAAUACACAAUGAAUUAACAAAGACGAAUAAAAAGAAUAGACACCAAUUCACUCAAAAAGAAAAGAAAACUACACAAUCGGUCGACUUUGUGUUCGCUCCAAUCUCACCGUCGACUCUUAAAGCAAUCAAAACAAAACAAACGCCAUUUUGGGUCGCUCCAAGUUCAUUCUGCGAGUUACAAGCACACACAAAACACAUCAAAAGUGUUGUCAACAAACUCAUCUUAUCUCUUCAAACGGAGAACAAGAAGUGUGUUGUUGAUACUGUGGCUGUCAAAAUAUGUCUUUCGGCUCUCGAAGAGACACUAACUCCUGUAGACUAG